GUGACCGUUGUCUUGAUCAAAGUCUUUGAUUACGCCCACUAAACUUCUUCCGUCCAACACAGUUCCCGGUCCUAACACGCGAAUUAGCGGGAACCAUUCCCUGCUUAACUAAAGUAAAGUGCAAUAAUGGCCUUUUAGCGCAAAUCUGUUACUCCCGACUUCCUGCGGCAACCCUAACUCUGGAGCCUGGCACACACGUUGUCCCGGUAUCUUAGAAAUUUGAAUGAGAAAUUGAUCCGGAUUCCGAAUCUCUUGGAUCUGUGGGCGACAACUCGACGUUGCAAAUCCACGUCCGCUGACAGAGAACGAGCGAUUUGGACAAGCCAUCGAGACUGUCACAGUCGCAGUCAAAUGCGUGAGCCAAGAAGAGUCACGGGGCGAAGAUCUUUUGCUCUCUCGAAGAACAGGACGUCUGAGAAGGCAGCAGAGAUUGCGUGGCAGGACAGGAUUGUUAUGAGGGUGGGUGAAAUUAUUGCGCCGUGCUCUAGUUGAUGAUCAUCUCGAAGCAAGUCCCGAUGCCGAGAAUGAGCUACAUAUGCUGCUGGGUUUUUGGUGGGUGCAGAGUAACCAGUGAUACGAGGUGAUGUGAGUGAGGAGAGUCCCGCUGCGUCUCCGCGUUCGAAUGUGUUGAAUCAGAAUAUUAGAGGCCCAUCGUAGGGAAGUGGCAUCUUAAACGAUUCAACGUCAGAAUUUGGUUUUCGGAGGCAGCUUGUAUUCCCAGAGGUUGGUGGGGCGAGUAGAGCCUGUGAGUUUUUGCACAGGGAGGCGAAAAGUCUUUCGUAGGCUUCAUCUUGGCUUUCUGGUAAUCGACUUUGCGCAAGGACGUUGCCGGCAACGCCAGAGAAUUUUCUGCAGUUAUGAAUCCCCCGGCGCGCAAACUGGUUAAGAAGGACGAUGGACUGGAUGCACUUUUUGACUACUCCAGGUCUGUGCCGACUAUUGUGUUUGAAGAUAGCGAUGAUGAAGACCAGCAUAUUAUAGACAAGAUUGAGGUCAAGACAAGACGACGUUCGUCAGGUAGAGGAGCACUGCGGUCUGUGCAAGGUAAUAUCGAGAAGCCCAAUCCAACGACCGUGGUGAAGAAGGUCGACAAUGACGAUGAUUGGCUGGCACCUCCCGUCAGAAAUCCUGUCGUCCGCAUCACUCUGAAUGAAGAUCCUCAUAUACUCAAAGUGAGGCGGCAGAAACAAGAACUUCUUAUGCUAUCAGCACAGAUGGCAGCGGAAAGUGCCGAAUUGGAGGCAAAAGCCGAACUUGCUGCCGCUGAACCGACGUCAGUCGUUUCGAAUGCUAACAGUUCUAACAAUGAUAAUAACCACAACUCAAGAGAGAAAAUUGUUCUACAACUACAGGAACAAGAUGGAAAGACACACCCGGUUAAAUUGUACCUGGAUGACAAGUUGGAAAAGCUUUUCAUGAUUUUUGCGGAGAAGUUUGCCAAGCGACCUGUUUCCAACUUUACCUUCCGGUUUGACGGUAGAGCUCUUGAUCCUCAGGCAACUCCCAAGGAGUUGGAAUUGGAGGACGAGGAUAUCAUUGAAGUUCAUGUCAAAGUUUCCAAAACCAACAGGAGACGUUAAUAGUCUCGCUGAUACUUGGUGUUUACUGCAAUAGUACAGCUCUUGAUCCUCAUACAACUCACAAGGAGUUGGAGUUGGAGGACGAGGAUAUUAUUGGAAUUUAUUUUAAAGCUUCCAAAACGAACAGGAGAGCUCAAUAGUCUUCGCUCAUACUUGGUGUUUACUGCAAUAGUACUAAAUGCCCUUACAUCUGAGUUGUAUACCUUUCAAAGAUCUUGCGAUAUUUUGAAGGUAUUUGUUGUACACUAGAUACAGAGGUACCUCUUGUACCUGAUUUCACACACAUUUAAAAUGUCCCUGAAGAUUAAUAUUUUCCUCACGCUUAAGAAAAAGUUGCAAUUCUGAUCGAUAAGUGGAAGGAAGGUGCACGAUCUUUGAUCUUUGAAGAUUGCUGCCAACUCAGUUAGAAUAGUGCCUUCGUAC